AUGAGGGUCCUUGCUUAUGGAGUUGGAGCUGAUCUCAUGGAUGAGUAUGUAAGAAUUGGAGAAACCACAGCAAUAAAGAGCAUGAAACUUUUUGUCAAAUCGGUAAUCUCGAUCUUUGGAGAUGAGUACUUGCGGUCUCCAAAUAGCAAUGACAUUGCUAGAUUGCUUGCAGUCGGUGAGAAACGAGGAUUUCCAGAUGGAAUCUAUCCUUCAUGGUCUACAUUUGUCAAAACCAUUCCAACACCACAAGGUCGUAAAAGGCAAUUGUUUGCAUCAGCUCAAGAAUCUAUGAGGAAGGAUGUCGAGCGAGCAUUUGGACUUCUACAGACACACUUUGCAAUUGUUCAUGGACCAGUACGAUAUUUUUGUCAAUCUGUACUAAAAGAUAUCAUGAUGGCCUACAUAAUAUUACACAACAUGAUCGUUGAGUGA